GACAGACCAGCGUGACCUGUUUGCUUUGGUAGGAGGCUUACACAUCAAUCGUCUCCCCCCAAAAAGUGACGUCGCGCUAGCAGUUUUGUUUAACUUCAGCUAGUUAAACUUGCAGCAUUUCCGCAUAUACUUGUUAUUUUCCACCUUUUUCUUAUCUAUUUAAAAUCAUGUCGUCCCACGAAGAGGAUUUAGCAAAACAAGAAAAGUUAUUUGGUACAAGCGAGGAAGAAGAAGAAAUGUCUGAUCUUGAUGGAGACCAAGCUUCUGACAACGAAGAGACAACAAGAGCUCAUCAAGAAAAUUACAACGAAGAUGAGACACCUAAAUCUAUUUCAAAGUUACCUUCUUUUAAAAAAAGAUCGCGCGAUGUCGAUGAUGAAGAGAGCGCACGCUUAGAGGAAGUGCGUAGAGAAAUUCGUGAAAUGAAAAAGAACUCCCCUCGUAACGACGAUGAUGAAGAUGAAGGACCCAUCGAUCCUCGUCAAGCUUUGAGAGAUGAAAUCGACAGAGAAUUCGCAAAAGCAUUAAAGGGCGGCAAGAAGAAGAGAAAGAAGCAAGACGGUGAGGAUCUUGAGAGUUCAAUGGAUGAAGAAUUAUCCAAUUUGAGGGAACGUAUGAAGAUCGCCUCUGAAGAAGAUGCAGUUGCUAACGGUGAGAGAAGAGCUGCUGUUUCAAAAUUGAAGAUGUUGGGCCAAGUAACCACCAUGUUGACAAACAAACACUUGCAUGAUGCUAUUCUCGAUAAUGGCUUAUUAGACUCAAUUCGUCAAUGGCUUGAGCCUUUGCCCGAUCGUUCAUUACCCAGUUUGGAUAUUCAAAGUGAGAUGCUGGAUAUUUUGGAUAAGCUUCCUAUUGCUGGUGACCAUUUACGUGAAAGUGGUGUUGGCAAGAUCGUCUAUUUCUAUACCAAAUCACCCCGUAUUGAACCCAGAAUGAAGAGAAAAGCAGAUCAAUUGGUUGCUAAAUGGAGUAGAUUAGUCAUUAAGCGUAGUGAAAAUUAUAAGGAACGUCGUCACGCUGUGCAAGAAUAUAGACAGGAGGAUAUGAUUCAUCAACGAAAGAAGUACAGACGUCCCGAAGAAGAGCCUGAGGAAGAAAGAGAUGAUAACAGAUUGCAUGUGCGUAUUCCUAUGGCUGUUGCUGCUGAUUAUGAUGUUGUCCCUCAAAGUACAAUCAGAGCUGAUAAGAGCAGAGGUGUAAGACCUGAUAAUACCUUCAAGAGAUUGAAUAAUACUAUGCGUUCCAUCAAGACUGGACCCAAGAGAUCUACACCCAAGGUUUCUAUUGAAGGAAAGGGAAUGUCUUUUUAAAAAUUCCAAACAUAUCCCUUUAUGGAUUUCCUUUUUUUUCCCUUGUAAAUAAGCUAUAAUAAUAAAAAAAAAAAUGCUGGUAAAAAAUAUCGGUGAAUAUGCGCUGCU